UGUUUCCUUUCCACCCUUUUUCCACUUUCCAUUUUCGAACAAAGGAAAAAAAAGUUAAGGAAAAACCGAAGAACAGAGCUCGGAAAUCUCCCCGUCUUUCUUCCUCCUCCGCUGAUUCCUCCCAGCCCGAAUCCGCCCCCAUUCCCCGCCCUCGCAACUGGGCGCGCCGGCGGCGACGGGACACGACGAGCCAGGGCUGCCGGUGCUGCGCUGUCGGCCGUGGAUUGGAUUCUCCUCCUUCUCCCGCGCCUACUUUUUGCGGUCCCCUCUUCGUCAGCGCGCAGGGUGGAUCCGAGCUGAAUCCGCAGGACUUUUCCCAGGCGCGGUUCAGCAUAUUUCUCCCAAAAAACAAUGGUGGCGUGCAGGCUGCUGUGAUGGUCGGCUCCCUUGUUGGCUCAGACCAGUUGACCAGGAGAGGCUCAGCGGGUUGGACGUGACCGGGGUCACCAAACCCCUCUUGUACAUUCAUUUCGAUAUCAAUCCAGUGGUUGCUCUGAUGGACCAGCUCGCUAUCCUCGCCACGGAGCUGGGCGACACGUCGGACUUCGAGCACGACGGCAUCACCGAGAACGAUGUCAGCGACGAGGAGAUCGAGCCGGAGGAGCUGGCGCGGCGGAUGUGGAAGGACAGGGUCAGGCUCCGGAGGAUCAAGGAGCGGCAGCAGAGGCUGGCGCUGGCGCAGGCCGAGCUCGACAAGUCCAAGCCCAAGCAGAUAUCUGACCAGGCCAUGCGCAAGAAGAUGUCGAGGGCGCACGACGGGAUCCUCAAGUACAUGCUCAAGCUCAUGGAGGUGUGCAACGCCCGCGGCUUCGUCUACGGGAUCAUCCCCGACAAGGGGAAGCCCGUGAGCGGCGCGUCGGACAACAUCAGGGCUUGGUGGAAGGAGAAGGUGAGGUUCGACAAGAAUGGGCCGGCGGCGAUCGCCAAGUACGAAGAGGAGAACUUGGUGGCCGCGGACGCUCUGAGCAGCGUGGUCAGGAACGAGCACAGCCUCAUGGAUCUCCAGGACGCCACUCUGGGCUCGCUGCUUUCGUCGUUGAUGCAGCACUGUGACCCGCCGCAGCGCAAGUUCCCGCUGGAGAAGGGCACCCCGCCCCCGUGGUGGCCUGCGGGGAAUGAGGAAUGGUGGGUUUCCUUGGGCCUUCCGAGGGGAGAACUCGCUCCGUACAAAAAGCCUCAUGAUCUUAAGAAGGUUUGGAAGGUUGGCGUGCUUACGUGUGUUAUCAAGCACAUGUCACCAAACUUUGAUAAGAUCAGAAAUCAUGUGCGCAAAUCCAAGUGUUUGCAGGAUAAAAUGACUGCGAAGGAGAGCCUGAUUUGGCUGGGAGUCCUACAGAGGGAGGAAAGGCUUGUUCGCAGCAUCGACAAUGGUGUCUUGGAGAUUACUUACCACAGUGCUCGAGAGGACAGAAAUGAAACGGGGAACACACAUAGCAGCAGUAAUGAGUAUGAUGUUGUUGGUUUUGAGGAGGCACCUCUUUCUACAUCAUCUAAAGAUGAUGAGCAGGGUCUUCCUCCAGCUGCACAAUCCAGCGAUGAGAAUGCCUCAAGGGAAGACAGAGAAAGGCCGAACGCUAAACAUCCUAAUCAGGCUGUUCGUCCUAAGGCAGGGACAAAAGAACAACCAAAGAGAAAAAGAGCACGUCGCAGUAUCGUUGCUAUUGAGCAGCAGGUACACGGAACUGAUGGUGCACCCGAAAAUUCAAGAAAUCUGAUUCCUGAUAUGAACCGACUGCACCAAAUAGAAGCUCCAGGCAUGGCCAACCAGAUUAGCUUCAAUCAGGUGGUCAUUACAAGUGAAGCUUUACAACACACAGGAGUUGCUCAAGGGCAUGCCUAUCUUCCUGGUUCUGGGGUUAGUAGAUUUGAUCGUUUUGAUAGAGCCCAAGCUGUGAAUGCUACUCCUGUAAGCAUGUACAUGGGAGGACAUCCUUUACCUCACGAAGGUAGUUCCAGAUCAGAGUCUGGAAAUCCCUUUCCACUGGACCCUGAUUCUGAUAUUAAUAAUUUGCCCAGUAGUUAUCAGACUUCACCUCCGAAACAAUCACUGCCAGUAGCUAUGAUGGAUCAUCAUGUGGUUCCCAUGGGUAUCAGGGCACCAGGUGACAACAGUCCUUAUAUUGAUCAUGUAACUGGUGGUGGAAAUCCAACUUCUGUCCCUAUGCAACACCUCGCAGAUUUCCCGUUUUACAGCGAGCAAGAUAGGUUUGUUGGCAGUUCCUUUGAGGGUUUGCCUUUGGACUAUAUCAGCAUGAACAGUCCCAUCCCAGAUAUUGAUGAUCUGCUGCGUGACGAGGAUCUAAUGGAAUACCUGGGAACAUAACAUAGGUUAGGAAGCGCUCUGAUGCUUUUCUGUCACCCAUUUUUGUCUCACCGGGAUUACCAGCUUAACUUGAGUAUGGAAGGCUAAACUUGUCAUUUGAUACCAUCUGUACAUGGUUUAGGUUUGGAAUAGUAAAUAUUCCUGGAGAAAUAUAUAGUGAAAGAAAUGGAUAGUUCUUUGUAAUUUUGGAAUCUGUGAGAUAUGAAUGCCAUGUUCUCCUGCA